GCGCGUGGAGCCGGGCGGCCUCUGCGGCGGGGGGGAGCGACCGGCGCGCGCGGGGCAGAAGGAGCGCUCCAGCGGCUGCCGGCCGGAGCAAGAGGGGCGGCUCCGAAGGGGCGCAGCAGCGCAGCCCGACCGCCGGUAUGAGCCAUCUGCGCGCGGUGCCGCCUGCGCCGAGCGACUGGAGCCCCGGCGGCCGAGAGGGGAGCGCCCAGCCGCUGGGAGAAAACCUCCUGCUGGACCCGCAGACGGCGGCCCGGAGCGGCGCCUUCGCCUCCGCCUGGCUGGGCAUCUGCUGCCCGACUCCGGCGCGCGUCUCUGCCUCCCCGCGCUACCUGCUUUCGGGGGCGGCGGAGGGGGACGACGAGGAGGACGACGAGGAGGAGGACGAGGAGGAAGGUGGCGCGGAUGACCGCCUGAGCGACGGCAGCUUGAGCGCUCUCCCGCAGCAGCAACAGCCGCGCGGCCCCCCCUGCCAGGCACCGCCGGCUCAGGCGAGGGCCUUGCGGGGCUCUUGCGCGGCAGGGGCGGGCGCGGGGCUGGGGCGCGGGGGCCCGUCGGGGGGCGGCGUGCAGAAGCAGCGGCGUCUGGCGGCCAACGCGCGGGAGCGGCGGCGGAUGCACGGGCUGAACCACGCCUUCGACCAGCUGCGCAACGUGAUCCCUUCCUUCAGCAACGACAAGAAGCUCUCCAAGUACGAAACGCUGCAGAUGGCCCAGAUCUACAUCAGCGCCCUGGCCGAGCUGCUCCACGCGCCCCCCGGCGCCACCCCCGGCGGCGCCCCCGACGACGCCCCUCGCCCCAAGGGUGCCCUCCUGCCCGCCGCGCCUGUCUACCAGCGCCCGCCCACAGGGGGCGCCCUGCAGCCGACCUCCGCCGCCCCGGCCAGGACGCGCUUCGAGCCGGAGCCGCCGUCCGGGGGCUUCGGCGUGCACCUGGACCCGCUCCGCUUCCCGUCCUUCGCCGAGGGGGCCCUGCUGGGCCAGAAAGCGCCCUCGCCCGCCCAGCUCCUCCAGCACCCCGGCCAGCAACCGCAGCCCCAGCAGCCGCUGCCGCACGAGCGCAGGAAAACCUCGCCGCCCGCCCACCGCAGCGACGGCGAGUUCUCGCCCCGAUCGCACUACAGUGACUCGGACGAAGCCAGCUAGGCGCGCCCUGGCGAGGGAAGGACGCACUACUGAGAGAAACUCUGCCCGGCUGCAGGGUCCAGGCCGGGGAACUGACUGCUGGUCGCAGCAUCCUCGCCCAAGCCACGCCUGGGAAUGGACGCGGGGCAAUCGCGGCCGGACCUUCCAAAGUGGGGAAGAGCGCGGGGCAAAGGCCCAGUCGCUCCAUUCAUUCUGUUGGUAGGAGUAGCCAACCUCAUGUUUCCAGAACUGCAGGGAGAGGGAGAGAGCGAAAGCCCCCACGCCCACCCGAGAUUUCGUUGUGCGCCCUGGCCCUAAAGCACGUGGGUAUGCCUAAACUUGUCCCCCCCCCCUCCUUCAUUGCAAAGGAGCUGGCUUACAAAUAGCUUCACAGAGAAAAGAGAGCACCUAAUCCCACCCCUACCCUACCCUUCCCCACCACAAUCAAAAUCCUACUGGAAUCAGUUGCAUUUAUUUUUCAGCGAAGGUAAAACAGCUCUCGGAUUACAGUUUCUGGGACCGUUAGCACUGUUUCUGGAGGUGCUUCACUUUGGCUGGAUCCCCCGCCCCCGCCCCCGCCGCAACAGGUUUAAAAGAGUAACAUGAAGCCUUGUUUACUCUAUUAAAUUCAGUUCAUUCCAACAUCGAUAGCCGCCUCACACCAGGCGGGCCGAUCGAAUGCUGUUAGUUCUAAAGAUGCUCAAAUGAUACCCUAUCAUUACCUGGAAGAAAAAAAGUCAUUGAACUCCACUGGACUUUAUUUCCCAGGUAAAGAUCGGGGUUGCCAGACCCGAAUAUGUCCCCCCGCUGAAACGGGAAUGGUUGGAUUGAAGCCAGUGGCAGCCGAACCAAAGCCCUGCUUCCUACCCACGAACUCAACGCUCCGCAUUUCAGUAGACGCAUUUCAGUAGAACAACUCCUAAAAGAAUGAUACUAAACAUUGAAAUAUCCGUACAAUCGACGGGAUGUUUUUCCAGGUAUUGCAGUUCAACUGAAUGGCUGGCUAGUUUCGCUCCGACAGAUAUGGCCAGGGGAAAUAAAAAGGUUAAGGUUCCAGUCUUCAAGUGAGUGGCAAUACUGGAAUACUAGAUCAGUUUUCUGUCCUCCAGUUUUGUGGGUUCCGCAAUUGCUCUCACGCCACACACACACACCCGACACACACACACACACACACACACACACACACAGAGGUUCACUUCAGCUGCUUCCCACUGAUAGAAAUGAACUUCCCUCUCAACAAGUCUCACUCUAGGGUGUUGUGGGCUUUCCGGACCGGAUGGCCGUGUUCUAACAGCAUUUCCCCCUGACGUAUCGCCUGCAUCUGUGGCUGGCAUGCCACAGAUGCCGCAAGCUACUAGAACAGGGCCGUACAGCCCGGAAAACCCACAACACCCUAGUGAUUACGGCCGUGAAAGCCUUCGACAAUAAGUGAAGCGACCUGUCUUAGGGUCCAUCCGGAGCAGGCUGGUCCCAACAUCUGCGCUCUCUCCCGCCCCGUCCAGCGUCCCUUCACUUCUCCACCCCCAAGGCAGGGACCAGGUCCUCCAGAGGAUCUGGUCGGUUCCGGAGCAAAAGCCUGCAGGGGCGCAGCGGCCACUGGCAAACCUUGUGCGUAAAGGCUCCCCAAACGAGACCACGCAAAGGUUAGGAGGGGGCAGAGAAAAGGAUGCGUAGAACUUUACACUCGCGUUGUUGUAAACAGGAAAGAAUGAAUCCCCCACCCCUUUAUUCUUCCCAGACGAAUAACGGCGUCUUCAGUAGGUGGGAUUUGGCGCAAGCACUUUAAAAGCCGCCGGAAGAGACGCGGCACCAAACGAAAAAAAAAUACGAUUAUUUGCCAACAGGAUGUACCAAUGUUUGGACUCAGCCAUUUCUAUACGCUUUCGUUUAAACUGAUUUGCAAAAAUUUUAGGGGUGGGGGUGGGGAAAGCUACCAUUUUUUUUGUUUGUUGUUGUGUCAAAAUUUUAUGUCAGUUAUUUGCUUUUGUGAUGUUUUAGAUCAGGAGGUUUAUUUAUUACCAUCUUGUUUGCUACUCGUUAUUCUUUGACUCGUUUUUUUAAAAAAACAAAAAACCUUUAACAAGAACCUUUAUUUUAGCAAAGCCGGCUGCCAUUGUUUAUGUAACUUUUUUGAAAGAGCCAGAUCAAAUAAAGACUUUUUUUAAAAGUU